AUGUGCUUCCGUGAAAGGUACCUCACAAAGAUCUCUGUCUAUGACAACAAUGACCACACCAAUUUUGUGCUUCUUGCUGAUGUUGGGUGUGAGUUGAUGGGAAGAAAGCCUCAGAAUUGGUUCAGAACUACUUUGAGUCUAACAGGGAAGACCAAAGCUUUAACUGUCACCAAGGUACUCUGUCCUGAAGCUCUAGAACCUGAAGGCAACUUAGGAGAAAACAUGAUUGUUCCUUCUGGUGAGGAAACUUUGCAGAUGGAUAAGCGUGAGGAUGGUCCUUCCAUUGGUUAUGAGGAAUCUCAGAUGAGAGGGUGA